GUGCAUUGUGAACUGCCGAGGCUCCCGAGGUAUACCAAGAGAAACUGGCGAUCGAUCGGUGCGCUCUUCGGAAUAUCCUUAGCUGGAAGCGUGCGAGAUCGUGAGGCCGGAGCACAGCGGCUUGGCACCCGUGGAGGGAGGGCAGGAGGGGAGGGGGUGGAUCAUGGCGGCGGCCGCGCUGGAGGUGAGUGUGAGCAGCGGGAGCAGCGACACAUCCAGCACCGGCGAAGAAGAAAGGAUGAAGCGGCUUUUCCAGACUUGCGACGGGGACGGAGACGGAUAUAUUAGCAGGAAUGACUUACUUAUGGUUUGCCGACAAUUGAAUAUGGAGGACUCUGUAGCAGAGAUAAUGCAUCAACUUGGAGCCAAUGAACAGGGCAAGAUUUCCUUUGAGGAUUUCACAAGAUGUCGCAUGCAGCUAGUGAGUGAAAUUAGAAAAGAAGAGGGCGAACUCUCAGUCAAGUCAGAUGAUUCCUGUAAGAAGAAAAAAUUAAGGGAUCGUAUUGCUUCCUGGCCAACUAGCAGUGAUAAUAGUUUAGGUGCUUUAUCUGGUGCUAGAGAAAGCUGGGAAUAUGACUCUGGAGCACGUGAUCUUCAGAGUCCUGAUCAGCAGAGCCACCCCACAUUACCAAAGAUAUUUACACUCAGAGGGAGCUCCACAGAACAGCAGACAGUCCUUUAUAAACUCCUUUCUCAGGCCGGCAGUUUGAACACACCAGUGGGAGCGAACUACCUGGAGCUGGCUAAUACACUUCAUCUUGCAGCCCUGGCAUCUCUAAAGGGGGACAUUGUGGAGCUCAACAAGAGGCUACAGCAGACUGAGAGGGAGCGCGAUCUGUUGGAGAAGAGAUUAGCAAAAGCUCAGUGUGAACAAUCUCACCUGAUGAGAGAGCACGAGGAAGUGCAGGAGCGCACAACGUUGCGCUAUGAGGAAAGGAUAACUGAACUGCAUAGCAUCAUCGCUGAGCUCAACAAGAAGAUUGAUCGUCUCCAGGGAACAACCAUAAGAGAAGAAGAUGAGUACUCAGAGCUUCGCUCAGAGCUCAGCCAAAGUCAGCAGGAAGCCAACGAUGAUGGCAGAAGUGUAGAUCAGGAUCAAAAUUCUGUUUCUGUUCCUGAGAAUCAAUCUACCAUGGUAACAGCAGACAUGGAUAACUGUAGUGACCUAAAUUCUGAGCUACAGAGAGUCCUGACAGGCCUAGAGAAUGUGGUAUGUGGACGAAAGAAGAGCAGCUGUAGCCUGUCAGUGGCUGAGGUCGACCGACAUAUUGAGCAGCUCACGACUGCUAGUGAACACUGUGACUUGGCUAUUAAGACAGUGGAAGAAAUUGAAGGAGUCCUAGGGAGGGAUUUCUAUCCUACCCUUGCAGAGGAGAGAUCACGCUGGGAGAAGGAGUUAGCUGGCCUAAGGGAAGAAAAUGAAAGCCUGACAGCAAUGCUGUGCAGUAAAGAGGAAGAACUCAACCGGACCAAGGCUACAAUGAAUGCAAUUCGAGAGGAAAGAGACCGUCUCAGGAGACGAGUCAGAGAACUACAGACGCGCCUACAAAGUGUUCAAGCCACAGGUCCCUCCAGCCCAGGCAGGCUGACUCCUGCUAGCCGCCCAAUCAACCCCAGUACAGGCGAGCUAAGCACGAGUAGCAGCAGCAAUGACAUUCCUAUUGCCAAGGUUGCAGAACGUGUAAAAUUGUCCAAAACUAGGUCAGAAUCUUCAUCUUCAGAAAGACCUGUCCUGGGCUCUGAGAUCAGCAGUAUAGGGGUGUCCAGUAGUGUGGCCGAGCACCUGGCUCACUCCUUACAAGACUGCUCCAACAUUCAAGAAAUUUUCCAGACACUUUACUCACAUGGCUCAGCCAUUUCAGAAAAUAAAAUCAGAGAAUUUGAAGUGGAAACUGAAAGAUUGAACAGCCGAAUCGAACACUUAAAAUCACAGAAUGACCUGUUAACCAUCACUCUGGAGGAAUGUAAGAGCAACGCAGAAAGGAUGAGCAUGUUGGUUGGGAAGUAUGAAUCCAAUGCCACAGCCUUGAGACUUGCCCUGCAGUACAGUGAACAGUGCAUUGAAGCUUACGAGCUGCUCCUUGCUCUGGCAGAGAGUGAACAGGGCCUCAUUCUUGGACAAUUCAGAGCUGCAGGUGUCGGAUCUGUGGGUGACCAAGCAGGGGAUGAAAGUGUGACUCAGAUGCUGAAGCGGGCUCAUGAUAGCAGAAAGACAGCAGAGAAUGCUGCCAAGGCACUGCUGAUCAAGUUGGACGGCAGCUGCGGAGGAGCCUUUGCAGUGACUGGAUGCAGUGUUCAGCCUUGGGAAAGCCUGUCUUCUAACAGUCACACAAGCACUACCAGCUCUACAGCAAGCAGCUGUGACACUGAGUUUACAAAGGAUGACGAACAAAGGCUGAAAGAUUAUGUCCAGCAGUUGAAGAAUGACCGGGCUGCAGUCAAACUGACCAUGCUGGAGCUAGAGAGUGUCCACAUCGACCCCUUAAGCUACGAUGUCAAACCUAAAGGUGACAGCCAAAGGCUUGACCUGGAAAAUGCCGUACUUAUGCAAGAGUUAAUGGCCAUGAAGGAGGAGAUGGCAGAAUUAAAGGCUCAGUUGUACUUGUUAGAGAAGGAGAAGAAGGCGCUGGAACUGAAACUGAGCACUCGUGAGGCACAAGAGCAGGCCUACUUGGUACACAUUGAGCACCUCAAAUCAGAGGUAGAGGAGCACAGAGAGCAACGAAUGAGAUCUCUCAGCUCCACGGGAAGCAGCGGAGGCAAGGAAAAGUCUGCUAAGGAUACUGUGGAUGGAGGAUCACCUGCCAUGAAGUUGGGUGAAUUAAGAACCCUCAGUGACAGCGAUUUAGCAGCGGAGCUUACUAGUGCUCUCAGACGAGAAAAGAAACUCAAAAGCCGAGUCCAAGAGUUAGUGGCUGCCUUAGAAAGACUCACUAAAAGUAGCGAAGUGCGGCAUCAGCAAUCUGCAGAGUUUGUCAACGAUUUAAAAAGAGCCAACAGCAACUUGGUGGCGGCCUAUGAGAAGGCAAAGAAGAAACACCAAAAUAAACUGAAAAAACUAGAAGGGCAGAUGAUGGCCAUGGUGGAGAGGCAUGAAACUCAAGUGAGGAUGCUGAAGCAGAGAAUAGCCCUGCUGGAGGAGGAGAACUCUCGGCCUCACACCAAUGAAACCUCUCUGUAAAAACGGACAAAACCAAACCGCACACGUGCACCUGGGACCAACAAGCCGCAUUGCGUUGGCUCCGGCGCACAGAUGCAGCACUUUGUAGAGCUCAAAGUGACCUUGAAUAUCGUGGGAUAUCGUCUUCUUGUUUGCGCACCUUCCCCCAUGAUUUGUUCUUGGGUAGAAACACGUUGUCACCAGCAUGGUCAUGUGAAGAGGAAGGUCACAUGGUAUCAGCUUGAUUGUAUUUAGUUGUACUUUUUUUUUUUUUUGUAUUUUUUUCUGGCUUUUUGCAGAACAAGCUCCUUCAAGUCCUUGAGGGCACAUAUCUCCGUGUCGGAGAACUCCUGGCCAGCUAUCGGUCAAAAUAUUUUAUCAGCCGCAUAACAACGUCGACUGGAAAUAAAUAACGUACUAUCUCAAAGUCUUCUCCUCUUUAACUUGUCACUGCUGUUUGCAAACCAGCAACAAGCUUCUUUGGAUCUUUUCUACGAGAAAAUGAUGGUUCUGUGAACAGCCACCCAAACUGCCAUAGCUGGCGCUCCAAUCUUAAUACAAGGAAUGUGUAGUUUUUUGUUACUAUUUGAUAUUUAAUUGCCAUUUUUCAGACCUGUACAAGGUAUUUUUGUAUAUUUUUCAGAAUGUUGUUUGCUUAACUUUCUUUAAAGCUGCUAUCCUCCUUUAAAAAUGUCUCCUUUAUUGUGUCCAAAUUAUCGGUACAAAUAAUUCUUAAAUCGGACUUGGGGUAUUGCAGUCAUCUUGGCUUCCUAAUCUCCAUUUGUCUAGCAUUCAUGUUGCUGAUGGCCGGCUUGUUUCCAUUUUCUGUGUUGAAAUGUUAAGAUGUUUGCUUGUUUCAAAAUUUUGGUUGUCUGUUUAAUUGUUUAACCGCUAGGAGUGCAGCCUUAAUGAGUGAGACCUGUCCUCCAUGUUGUCACAACGUGAAAAUGAAAAGAUAGGGCACAGGCAAAGCAGAACUUGAGCAAAGCAAAAUAUCGCAUAUCCUGGAAAAACUGUAAUGCAUUCUUUGUUUUUAACCUUCUAAACAUCAGACUAUAGGACUGCUGUACUGGUGGUAAAUAUAUUUGUUAUUUCUAUUUUUGAGAAUUCACUUAAGCUACAAGAUGCAUCAGCUGUUUUUUAUUUUUCUAGCUCAUUUGAAAUGAAUGUAUCCAUUUUAUAAAAACACAGCAUAUCAACGUGAAGACCCCCCACCCGAUGCCAUAUUCUACGGUAUGUCCCCGUAUGUUCCUGUUUUUCUUUCUUCUUCUAACUCCUCUAACAGUCAGGAGUUAUCUUUGAUAUGUGACUUUCUUCCAGCCACUUGUCCACCAGCGGACCUUUGAUCGAGAAUGUGCCGGAAUAAAGAAAGUACCAAUGAAGGACAGUUUGACUGGUGGCUUUAAUCGAAUUGCAAAUAUAAAAUCUCAAAUGAUAUCUGACUCAGUGUUAUCAUGCUUAUCAUCUGCCCAAAUGUAUAAUUAAGUGAAAAAAGUUUCAUUGUUUAUAUUUUUAUACAUUUAGUAUUUCAUAUAUAUAUAUAUAUAUAAAUAUGUAUAGGCAUU